UCAUAUCGUAGCAACGAUUGGGUUGGGUGAAUGCCGUCAUCAGGUCAUUACGCUUUCAAGAUAAGAAUUCAAAAGUAGCCUAGGUCUGUUGAAAGAGUAGCCAGCACGUGUAUCUUAGCGCCAUGGGUUGCGGCUCCUCCAACGCAACAGUGAGCUACCAGGCCGACAUCAGCACCAUGUGGGACCAGGUCAGCCGCACCAUCGACAUCCAGCGCAACAAGGAAAAAAGCCUGGUCAUCCGACGCUCUGGCUGGAAAACUGUCCGGAUCUUUGUGUCAUCUACGUUCAGGGACUUUCACGCAGAGAGGGAAAUAUUAGUCAAAGAGGUGUUUCCUGAUCUGCGUGUGUGGUGUGAGAAGCGGAGACUUCAUCUUGUGGACUGUGACCUACGAUGGGGGGUGCCAAAGGACACCACGACAGAAGAGACGCUGCGGACAUGCCUGGGGGAGAUAGACAGGUGUUACCAAGACAACGUUAUGCCCUUCUUCCUCAAUUUGACAAGCCCUAGUCUUUUCCCAGCUCUUUGUGGAACCAUUGACGGCGAGCGUUGUGGCUGGAUACCCAACCAGAUGGAGGUUCCGGAAUCCAUCGCCUCAGACUACCGCUGGAUCCACGGAUUGUCCGUCACCGAAAUGGAGAUCAUGCACGGGGCUUACCGAAAGGACAACUUCAACUCACUCUUCAUGAUCCGAGACUCGAGUUUCUUGGACAGCGUUCCAAGGUCACAUCACAAGGACUUUGUGGACGUCAACCCUGUCGCGCCAGCCAAGCUGAAGAUGCUUAAGCAGAUGUUGAGUGAGCGCUUUGGGCGAGACCAAGUCCAUUUCUACAAGUGUCAAUAUGAAGGUGUGGACGAUCAAGGCAAGGUAGAAUUCAAGGGACUUGACAAAGCGUUAGGAGCCAAGGUGUUUGAGUUCUUCAAGAAGAAGAUAAGUAAGCAGUACCCCCUGGAGGAUUCCAAUCUGGAUCCCUUCCAGCAAGCUAAGGAGGCCCAUGAGUCAUUCAUGAAGAACCGCAGUGUGUCUGUCCUGGGUCGGACGGAUAUUCUGGAGCAGAUCAAGGACCACGUGGUUGGAAUAGGCAUCGAUGUCCCCUUGUUGCUGCUGGGAGGUCCCGGAACGGGCAAGUCCUCCAUCAUGGCCAGGGUAGCUGACGUGACCGUGUCCAAAGCUCUCACCAAGGAGAUACCCGGGGGUGGAGAACACGGCUGGCACGUCUUCUACCAUUUUGUUGGUGCUGUGCCCGGCUCGCCCAAUCUGGAAGCCACUCUGAAACGCCUCCUGAAAGAACUGGGUGUGGUCAAUGACACCACAAUGCCCAAAGAUCUGGAGACGGCGUGUCAACUGACGUACGCCACGCUGUCCAACCCCAACACCAAGCCGCUGAUCAUCGUCAUCGACGCCCUCAAUCAGUUUGAUGAGUCCAAGGAAUCAACCGUUCUGAACUGGCUCCCCAGCAAGCUUAGCCCUCAGGUACGCUGCGUCUUUUCCAUGAUCGACGAGACACCCCAGCACAAGACCCUACGCUCACGACCCAACAAGCCCACGGAGGUCUACGUCACACCGCUGGACAUGCCCUCCAGGGAGGCAAUCGUCAAAGAGACCCUGGGCAAGUAUCAGAAGCGUUUGGAUGCCGAGCAGAUGGCUAGCCUCCUCAGCAAGGAUUCCUCCCAGAAUCCCCUGUGGCUAUCUGUGGCUUGUGAGGAGCUGCGGGUCUUUGGCCUGUUUGAGUCACUGUCGGACAAGAUCAAUAGUCUGGCAGACGGCCUGCUGAAUUUGCUGGAGCAGGUCCUGACACGUUUCGAGGAGGAGAAUGGGGGUGAGUUGCUGGUGGCGACCCUCUGCCUCUUGGAGUGCUCCUGUCACGGCCUCCUGGAGACAGAACUCCUCUCCAUCCUCGGCGAUGAGGACAACUUGAUGCCUCCCAAGAAGGGCUGGAAAAGGGAGAAAGGUCAAAAAGAGUCGCAGGAGAAAAAGGCAUCGGAUAUCGGGCCACUGUCUGCCCACAAGUGGGCUAGGGUCUUCCGGGCUCUCAAGCCUUUCUUGCGUCCCUUCGGCGACAGCGGGGAAGGCAGGCUGGAUUUCUACCAUCGCUCCCUCAGCAAGGCCGUCAGGGCUAAGUACUUCAGUGAGCAAAGAGGGAUGAAAGUCGGCUGCUCAGUGGACGAGCUGUAUCAGUGGUGGCACAGAAAGCUGGCUGAUUACUUUGAGAGGGUUGUGAACAUAGAGCGCAAAGCUGAGGAGUAUCCCCACCACCUGACUAAGAUUGCCGACAAGGAGCGAUUGGUGGUGUUCCUUCUGGACUGGAAAGUGUUCAAUCACUACUUCAAAGAGGACUUUAGCGGAGAGCUGCUGUCCUACUGGCGACAGGCCGUGGACGGCAUGCCUAGCAUGGAGAAGCUGUACGUCACUGAACUGGAGAAGGUGGUGGAGAAGCCUACCAUGAACGAAGAAGAACUCAGUCUGCUGUACGAGAAAGUCGCGAGAGUAAUUAUGCAGGCUGGUCAGCUGGAGACUUGCUUCACCAUUUUAGAGAAGUCGAUGGAGAUUGAGAGCAAGCUGGGACAGCGUAAGGAGCGGAUGGUGCUCCUGUACGACCUGCUAGCCACCAUGCACAAUGAGCGGUUGGUGUUGCAUGACUACAUGACCCGGAGCAUGAUGCCAGACCUGAAGCCAGCGAUUCAGUACCGCCAGAAAUCGCUGGAACUCGGCAAAAAUUUGAAAGGAGAUCGAUUCAGGUUGAAGCGUGGCUUCUCCCUAAUGAAGCUGGCUUUCAACCUGCGGACGUGGAUCUACCUGAGAGGUGACAACAGUCUAUCCGCAUCGGAGGCCACCGACCUGGGGUUCGACAGCCUCAAAGAAGCUAAGCAGAUCUUUAUUGAGUUGGACGACAAGGCCCAUGUGGCUGAAUGCCUGAUGAAUGAAGCCAUGCUGACGUGCGACUCCAAUCAACAGGAAGGACUGAACUUGUAUAACCAGGCCGAGGCUCUGUGCUACCAGGUCUGCGGCGAGAUGAGCGUCCUGUCAAGCCGUGUCGUCAUCAACAAGGCCAUCCUGCUGGAGGAGAUGAGGAAUCUGGAGGGAGCCUACGACUACUUCUACAAGGGUCUGGUCAUCAAAACUCAGGUCUUCGGCCCUGACCAUCCGCAGACCAUGCGCGUUGUGCGGACCUUGGACGAACCAACCUUCAAGAGGAUCAAGCAGAGACGGGACAGAGAGGCCAGCAAGACCUGAGCACCAGACUACAACCCUGACCCCACCCAUGUGACAUUUUGACAUACUACCCUGAAUCCCUGGAAAUACGAAAUUUCACUCAAUUUAUCGGCACCAACCUAGUUAUGUCACCAUCCCCAACAAUGCAAUAUUUUGGGCAUAUUUGUGGUUGGAAAUAUUUUUUGUAAAUAUUGAAUAGUUAUUUUUUGUCUGUUUACUUUGAAUCUGCUUUAUUUUUUAGUUGAAACCUGUCGUACUUCAUUCAGUACUCAUUGUAAUUGUACAGUUCUUUAAUCAUUCCUCUUUUCUCUCUCUUUUGACUUGUACCUACACUAAGAUCAUUUUAUACUAUUUCGCUGCAUUCUAGAUCAUGUAAUUGUACUUCAGAUUGGAGUUUAAUGUUUUUUUGUGUUUCAUUUUUCCUUCUUUUUUUGGCCCAUGUGAACAGAAAUGUAGCUGAAGCAAGAGUCAUCAAAGGUUAAUAAAAAGUCUCUCAUAAGUCGUAUCACCUGCAACAAAAUUUAAUACAGUCCUUGUCAUUAUUUCAAGGAUUGUGGGAAGGGAGGAACAGCCCCCCUCCCCCUUAAAAAAUCUGCAUAUUUUAACUUGAAAAUUGCAGGAAGAAAAUCCUAGAUUUUCAGUCCUAAAAUUGAUGUCUUAUUCACACUUUUAGAGGCUAGUGUCUCUUUGUGGUAACACUUUUCCCAUCCUCUCCUUCAGCACACCCCCACCACCACCACCACCACCACCACCCUGAGAAAUCAUGAAUCUAGUAGCAUCAUUUAGUUUAGAAUAUUUCAGCUCUAUUUUUUUCAGAAAUGUAUGAAAGACUUAUAUAUAAUUCGUUCACCUUGAGGGCUUUGGCUGUUUUGUAUAUUUUGUAUUUUUGUUGAUUGUGAUGUUUAUGCGAGAAGGGUGAACACACAGGAAUUGUAUUUCGGCAAAUGUCGACUGUAAGCUGGCGAAAGGAGCCUUCAGUGGCCAAAAUGUAGCAAGACCUAAUAAGGUGUAAAAAGUUUAUGAUUUUCGUUAUUAUCACAUGGUUUAUUUUAUUUCAUAAGGGGGGCUCAUUGCAGCUAGAAGGCCCAUUUUACCUGUAAGAUUAAAACAAAGUCAACAGAGGACAAUCUCACAUGUCUAGAGAGAAAAACUAAAGAAAAACCAUAUUCAGAAAUAGUUUUAAUUCAAAUAAUGGUGACAGAAUACAGCUUCCAGUACUGUGUAAGCACAAAGCCUUACAAAAUAGUAAAAUUCUAUGUAAAAACUAGUACUCAUUCAGUGUUUGUAAGGCUGUUAAAUCAUUAGCUUAGGCAUCUUUGAACCACUAUCAAAUGGUAUUAAUGCUUGAAGUUGAUGAAGCUUAACUUUUCAGUCCUAAAUCUUAUUCAAACAGAAUAGCUAAUAGAGAAUAGAAUGCUAGAUUUAUGCAUAUAUUCAUAAUUAUGUUAUCGAUUGCUGUGAAAUUAUGAUAUUAAUCUGUUUGAACUAAAAUGCAGGUUUGUUACAAUUAAUUGUGUAGACUUUAACAGUUAAAUAGCAACGUCCAAAAUACGAACUUAUUUUUGCAAAACAAAAAAGUGAGGUUUAGGUGAAAAUUUUAGUGCAUUUUCGAAGACUUCACAAAACUUAAGUAUUAUUGUUAGAGGCGUGUAUUUUAUUGUAUUUUACUUGAUACAGUUUGACUCUAGCGGGUUGUUGAUGUUUAAUGCAUUGUGCUGAGAUGAGCAAAUUGUACAAGGCCCGCACUGUGACAACGGAACAAUGCAACUUUACAUCGUCUGCCUCUUGGCAAUUCUCAGGGAAGUAAGGCAUUGCAGUUCGACGUAGGCGUGUCUUUACGAUAGCUCUGUAUGACUUUGGCAUGCAUUGCUGUAUAAAUUUAGGGUCUAAAAUGCGACAAAAGAUGAAAAAUUUAACGGUUCGAGUAUCAUUACAAAUAACUUCAAAUUACAUAUAUCUUUUACUUGGAUGAGCAUUAUCCAUAUGAACACUCGUAUGCAAAAGUGUCUGUUAUAUGUAGAGAACUCCAAAUUUGUAGAAUCUGGACCCAUAGGUCAACUUGAGGCCUAUAAACCUGCAACGUCUGUAGAGUUUUUGUCAGCUGCACCCAGAAAGAUGAAAAAAAGUACUGUGCAUGAGGCAUACAGUUUGCACAGUCGUUACAAAGCUGAACAUUAACGCAAUAAAAUUAUUUUUAGCAAGA